CUGUGGGCUCCUAUAUCACUGCUACUGUUGUUGGAAAGGGUGCUACGGACUCAUGCAUGGCUGCAGUCAGAGUAGGAGGGCAGUGGGUCUAUUCUUAGGCGAUACCUACAUAUAGCUAGACGGAGCACAGAUCCAGUACAGCGUGAUUUGUAUGUAUGCACCCACGGUACCCUUUCUUCUCUCCGACCUAUCUACAAUGACCACAUCGUCCAAGCUUUACAUCGUCGCUACGAAUGGUGAUGCAAACGUUCUCAUCCGUAGGAAUGAAGCUACUUAUUACGACAACUUGCUCUCUAUUCUUCACAAACGUUUCCCGAGUAUCGCCAGAGAGUCCAUGAUCAUCCAAACCAACGAGCUGGAUAUCUGCGCUGGGCGGUAUAUCGACAUUCCAGAUGACUUAUGGCUGGAGAUUAGCCCUCGUAUUUAUAAUAUCAAGGUUAUCACCCGACCGACGCAAACAUCGACGCCUGCCCCUCUGAACCGAUCGAUGCGGAUUUUUGUUAAGACCUUCACCGGUAAAAUGAUAACAUUGACGCUGCCCGAGGCUGCAUCUGUCUCUGAUCUAGUAGAAAUGGUGCAAGAUAAUGAAGGCUUACCACGUGAUCAGCAAAAACUGACCUAUCGGGGACGGGAGCUUAUAUCCGGUCACAACCUGUCCGAAUACAAUGUUCGCAAGGAUUCGACAGUUCAGGUCACCAUCGUCGACAAAUUGCGAGGCGGCAAACCAGUCAUAUACCUAUUUGCUCCUCAUCCCAUGAACGCCGUUGUGCGAGUAGCUUUAGUCAAAUCAUGGUCAUUUUCUGCUCUCUACCCGAGUAUCCAAGUCAAGUCCACUGAAUCCGGGCAGUCCAUCGAAUGGAACGUCAAUACUCAUGAGGACCAUACCAUGACCGAUACGGCUACCGGUACACGAGUAUCCUAUUUGUUCUGGGAAGCAGAGACAAACCCUGGUUGUCCGCCCUCGCCUCCUUCGUCUCCCCACCUUAUCCCGGCGCUUUUGGAUACCAUUUCUCCGUUCAACCCAUUACAGGCCAAAGUCACCAACGACGAAUCCAUCGUCCUUCCGACGUCAAAAAUUGCUCCGUACAUCGACAAGGCAUUGACCGUUCUCGGUCUCCAUGUCGAAGCAAGGACUUCUUUCAUCACAUAUUGGCUUCCAUCAAUCUUGAAGCACGACUACGUCGCUCUACGUUUCCUUCCGCAGGCUUCGUACGAAUAUGCUGCGCCGCUCCACGUCGAGCCUAAACCAGAUGUUGUCACCCGUGUGUUCAUGCUCUUCAAGAGGGUUUGCGAAGAUGAGUUAGACGAGUGGGAGGGUGCGCUCUCGCGGGCAUCUGAGGAGGUUGAAUUUUGGAAGAGUGUCAUUGGUGUGGACUGCAAUAUGAUGGAAGACGAGGCGCUUUUCAGAGUUCUGGAAUGGGGAGGUAUGGAGGUGAAGAAUUGAUUGAGCCAUGUACUUGUUUCCUGUUUUUACGAGACUGAAUAUCAUCCAUGUACUUCUCCGUUUAGCC